GGGGGGGGGGGUUGAAGAGACCGAACUAUCCCAAAGUGUCCCAGUGAUCGCAGUCACAAAUGUAACCCUGUCGUGGAAGAAUGCCAUCAUUCAGGAUACGUCUCUCACGUGUGAUAGUGCUGUUCCUCGUCAAACAUCGCUGUGCAUGGGUGGAGAAAGACGCAACUGCCAACCGAGCACGGUUCCAUCAAACUAUGGCAGCUGUCAGCUCUUGCCCAUCUUGACUGAACUCAGCUGCAACAGUAGGAAGUUAUAUCUUUUAUGAGCAGAACGCGUCAGAGUUUAAUUUGCACAACAAUGUUGCAAAGCAGCGAUGCUGUUAUCUUAUUUUGUUGUUGCUAAGCUACUGUAAAUAUACUACUACGAGGAAUAAAAUAUACGGCCGCUGGAUUUCCGUGUCUUCUGUUCAUUUGCUGUGACUGAGUGAGUCUGGCGUCUCUUGCGGAGAUUUCCACUUCCUUGUUUAGGAAGAAGGCUCCCAGACUCGACCAUGAACAUGUGCACCGAAAUAUCACCUAAUAUUAUUAAUAAGAUCAGAAUAUAUCGUUUCGUUUCUACCUCUGUCUCUGAACUCAAGGAUUGGUGUAUGUAGAAUUAUCGCACAACAAAACGCAAAAAGUCCAGCAAGUGAGCAGCCGAGUGCUUAAAAACACUUUUACAGGUCUCAGGGAAGAAGAAAAAACAAGGAAAGCAACCAUUUCCAUAGAAGGACACUCUGAUCCAUCCACCGGUAAUGAGAAAGCAUGACUGAGGCCCCUAUCAUGUUGUGUGGGUCGUAUUUCCUUCUAGCGAGCUUCCCGGGAAUCAUAGCAGAAUGGCGGACAAGCGGGAUCGUAGCCCGACCCUGGAGGAUGCAUUUAAGGCCCUGUCCAAUGUGGGGAAAGACAGGCUGACCAGCCUCAGUCUGAAGCUGGAAUGUUCUGUCUCAGAUAUGGACAAGCUUGUCUAUGCCAUGGUGCUGAUGAAUCUGAGAUGCAGACAGGAAGCCCGCGCUGAGCUCCAAAAGCUGGGCCACAAUCAGACGGCUGUUUACCUGGCUGGCAUGACAGCCAAGGAUGGCCAACACACGGCCUCGAGAAGCAAACUGUUGUCCAGCCAAGCUGAUUUUCUCCUGGACGUGGCUCGGAUCUUUAAAGUAUUGGUGGCCGAGAGGCUUUGUGACGAGUCACUGCGAGACAAUGUCUACCUGAUCAUGAUGGAGGCAUGGAAAAACGCAGGUGGGAAAAGCAAGGUGAGCCUAGAGCAUCUGAAAGUGGAGUCCAGGACUGAGUGUGGCUCACACCUGGAGAUAAGAGACACGGAGGAGAACGGGGGGUCGGUUUUGAAAUCCAGCACCGGAUUCUUCUCUUGGGUCAGCGAUAUGCUAAGGAGAAGCCCCGCCAUAAACAUUCACAACAGCAAAAGUCAGUCAAGGACUGAAGUCAAGAGUUCUCCGUCUUCUCUGCGAAGCCUUACAGAAAGUUCUGUUUCCCUUGCUAGUUACCUGGAGAUCAGCCAGUCUCCCACUGUGCCAUUUCAAAAGACCUCGGUUGAGGAGUCACACCCUGAAACAAAACCUUCGGAGCCUCCAAGAAACCCAACCCCAGCCUCGACCACAGAACAAGAGGGUGAGAUGGAGAACAAGUUCUUCUCAUUUGUGAUUCUCCACGCCUGGGAAGACACAAACCAUGCCUUCAGGGUUCAGGAGACUCUCGAGCAGCUGGGUUCUGGGGAAGGAGCCACCUUCAGCGUGGACUUCAAAAUCCCUGGGAAAAGCCCCUUGACUUGCAUUCAGGAUGCCGUCAAUAACUCUGCCUUCACGCUCAUCCUCCUGACCACCAACUUCAACUCCCACUGGGCCCAGUACAAAACCAACUCUGUGUUGAUGGACUCCAUCGAGCGGCACCACAAAUACAACACGAUCAUCCCCUUUCUGCCCAGGAGCCACGGCCUGCCCCGAGAGAGCAUACCCUACGCGCUAAAGUGCUUAAUCGCCAUGGAGGAGAACAAAAGCUUCUUCCCAAAAAAGGUGAAGAAGACCUUCAACCAAAAACUGAUUGAGAAUCAGAAGGCCCUCUGGAGCCAGGAGCAAAAAAUCAAACAGCAGAAAGAGAAGGAAGAGCAACUUAAAGACCAGAACAAGAACGAUGAACUCUUGCAAAGCGCUAUCUGUAACGUUCAGCAGCAGCAAUGCAUGGCUUUGCAGUACAUGCAGAUGCUACCAGGAGAUCCAAACCUCCAAGCACAAUAUCCACCACGAUGAGCAUCAGCGUGGACAGCGAGAGAGACACAGACGAGGAAGACAACAAAGACGAAGAUGAAGACAAAGAAGCAGUCUAGGAAAGCACAGACCAGAGAGAGCUGCCUGGGUAAGAGGUGACGCCAACGCUACAGGGUGAAUGGCAUGCCUUAAAAAAAACAAAUACAAUACAACGGCAACGUUUUCUGUGGGAAAGUCCUACAGCUGAGGCCCAUGACACUGGAGGAUCCAAAAGCUGGAACUGCCCAAAGUGUAUGGCCCAGAGGAUUUCCUUUCCGUUUCACUGUGCUUUACAGAUUUCAUUGACUUUGUUGAGCAGUUAAGCGCCGUUGCACCAUCAGUACUGGUUGUUCCAGCAGCUAGAACAGAUCUAAAUGAAUACAAAAUAAAAUUCGACAAAGGUUUUUUUUUUUUUCAAUUUUAUUUGUCAGUGAUGUUGUUUUGUGUUGGAAAAGCAAACCUACAUACAUACGUACCCAGUCAAUGUACUUUACACAUGCCUAAACCUAACAACCCAACCUUACCCAUUGCAGGCUGUAUAAUAGCAGAGGAAGCAGAACUCAAAAAGGGGCAUUGCAUUUUUUCCCUCCCAAACUGGUGUUUUUGAUAUUUAUUACAUUUAUACAUUAAAUACUUACAAAGCUGAUAUUUUCAGCAUGGCCUUACAAGGCAACAGCCUUCUCAAACAUGCAACUAUGCUAUUUUUAAACGAGUCGGGGCAGCUACACCUUUAAAUAGACCCCACUACCAAAAAUAAAAUUGCUCACCACUCAGUAUAAUACAGAGCAAUACAAUGCACUUUUAUACAGUGCCUUUCACCUGGGUGUCAAGGAAAGGCUGUCAAAAGCAUACCUUGUCAGAUUAAGACUAUACCUGAAGAUUACUGAUCUCCACUAUCAGGCAGUGUUACUCACUUCUGCCUUUAGGUCUCAGUAUGAAGUGUUAUUUUUAUCCCAGCUAGAUACGAUCCGUUCAGGAAACAAGCUUGCUGGAGUUCAUUGCUAGCUAGGGGUUGAGUGUCACCCUUUUCAGAGAGUGUUCUGAUUUAAAGUUGCAUGAACAGGCUACAUUCAAAGACGAACCCACAUUUGCAAGUCAUUUUUCUAAAUAAUUUAAAGUACAGGUAAUACAAAGGUUUGCUUUUUGUACUAGUAUUUAUUUCUGCCUAGUAUUCUCCUUUUAAUUUGUUUUCAUAUGCACAAUUAUGCAAUUAUACACAGUCACUGAAGGGGAUAGUCUCUUGACACACAGCAGUUACAUCUAGAUUUAAAGCUUAAACUCGCUCAGUUUAAAUUCUUGCUUCACACACCACCCUCUGUAUCACAUUUAUAGUCUAGCCCUUCAAAAGCCAGCAUUUCUUGUGCAAUAGAUUGUGUGUUGUCAGCUACAUUUUUUAUUGUAUUUGUGUCUGGUAAAAGGAACAAGGUCUAGUUAGGUGAUAGUAUCGUUUCUCCCUACAAAGACGAUUGCAGGGUAAUUGCAUGUGAAAGAUUGGUAGUACACUGUUGAAUUUUAUCAUCCGUUUUCUGCUCUGCUGUUUUGAAUGGCACUACUGCAGUCCUCCGUAUUGAACUGGGUUAUCCUUUCAGGACCUGUGCAGACGGCAGUUUCGAAAGAGAAGUCCUACACAGAGGUAGAGCCCAUUGUUGCAAUUAACCGUUGAACUGUGGAAUUCAAAGUUUGGGGGCUGGGGGGGGGGGGGGCCUUAAUGAUUGAGAGGAAAAUUGCGAUUGCUAUCAAAUACAUUUAUUUAAUUAUUCAAACAGUAUUGAUAUUUCCUAAUGCCACUGAUUGGGCUACAGUACACUCAAGUCCCAGGUGAGAAACAGCAUCAUUUGAGCAAAGGUGAAACGAUACAUUGCAUAUUGAUAAAUGACAGUAGCUCAUUACAAUAUUCUGUAUGUAUCAAGUUACAGACACUGUGCACAUGACUUGGGGCCAGCGCUCUUCUAUUUGACCCGAUCUGUAAAACAUUCCUAGCAGGACUCACAGACCUGGAUUAGCACCAGUGUUGGACAGCCUACAAUUAUACCUUGUUUCCAUGAGCACAGAUUGACCGUCGAUCCCAUCUGAUCCGGGUUCUCCCGCACUCAUCCUGAGCUGGUUUCACAGACCCCCAUUAGUUCUACUCUUGGAUUACCUAACAGCAUGGCUGGUUUCACAGAGCACUUAUUCUGAAAUGCCUAGGGUUACAUUAGGUAGUCCAAGAUUCAUGCUAAUCGAGGUCUCUGAAACAAGCAGUUAGGGUAACGUUAGGUAGUCAAAGAUUCGUGCUAAUCACAGUUUGUGAAACCAUCCUUAGCUGAGGUAGUCCAUGCCUAGUGCAAACCGAGCUCUGUGAAACCAGACAACAGUCUAGCAAAAAUAAACCUGUUAAAUCUCCAAAUAUUUUAAGACACUUUUCUAUUCAGAUCUAGGCAACCGACAAAGACCAUUUUUUUUAGAACUAGUUUCUCUUUAUUACUGCUCAAGAUCUUAUGGUUCAGUUGUUAAAGUUAUAGCUGUAACAUAAAGUCCUAUAUCCCUGCCAAGGACAUGAAUAGCAUUACACAUGUGUCUGUAUCAUAAACACAGACCUACACAGAGACAUUUUCUGCAAACAGGCUUGUCACAAAAUUCUCUUGUUUAGUAUGAAAAUCUUAUCUUAGCCACGUCAGUAUGACGCACAUAUAUAAAAUUAAAAUAGCAGCAGCAUUAGCACAGACAAUAGAGUGUACCCAAGUACCCAAUUAUAUGGUACUCGGCAGCUACUUGUACAGUAGUCUGAAAUGUGGUCCUUCAGUGACAUGUCAAUGCAAUUUAUCGUUGGUAUUAAAACAUGCUCCACAUUCUCUUAUUACAAAACAGUCCCAUCAUUAACAAUCACUUCAUCUUAUUUCUCAUCAUAUCAAAUCCAUCAGGACUCCCACAUGAAUGAGCUUGUGACGUGUAUAUUGUGAUCUGCGCCGGAUCAUGACUUUCGUGUCAUCUUGCAGAGUAUAAGCUUGGCUUCUGUACAGCCCAGUAUAACACAUUACAUUAAUCCCAGCUCUGCUGCAAUGCUAAAAUCCUCCAGCAUGCUAACCUACAUGCAACAAAACAUUAGAAACACCUUACAAAGCAGUGUCAAUAACAGGUACCCAGGGCGGCAGUGGUUUGUCUUAAAAUUGCUCUGGAUGGAUCGAUCACAGUUCCUCAGUGAUUAUGACCUCUAGUUCCUUCAUUGAAGUUGGGGAGUUAAGCACUCACACGUCCAAGUUAGUCCAUAUGACAUGAUGCAUUAGGAGGAAUUAGCCACAAACGGGACACCACUUGCUUUUAUACAUGACUGCACUCUACAGCAUUCAGGCGUAUACCAGUAUCUGAAACUGCCUUUGUGUUUUCUGGAAGUAGAGGGUUUGCUUACCUCUGAAAAGGCACUUUGUACCAAUCUAAACCUGCAAAAAUGUGUUCUUGUAGCUGGCAAUUCACUAAAAGCAACACACAAAUCAUGUUCAUUUCAAAGCAGUCAGAGGGCUUUCACAUCAGAUCGUAAUCACUUUUAAUUCUAUAUUUCAGACAAUAUUCUAUUGUGUUGUUUAACAUGCAUUUUAUUGUACUACAGCAUGCACCAUUUGCAGGGUUAACAUUUGCAUAUUGGGUUAAAUAAACCGUAAAGUAAUUUGAAUUAAAUGCA